CUUGAGAACGGGCUAGUUUCAGCGUUUCAAAAAAAUGUGUGACAUACCUCCGUUAUGGACGGGUACUUAUGUGGAAUCUUAAUGAUUUCCUGUGGUUUCUAACGCUCUUGCAUAAAUAUGGUGAAAAUAGUAACAACAUUUCAUAACAUUCAUUCAAACAAACGAACACAAGCUGAGAAGCGGAGAAUUGUUGUGGAGUCAGAACAAAUUAAUAUGCACUACAUAACAGAGGUUAUGGAAAAGCAGAAGAUCAACUUUAAAAACCUGGCGAGAUUUGUUCAAUGUCAAGCAGAACCUCUAAAACCGAGGGGAAAGGAGACACAGCAAAGUUUUCGUGUUAAUGUUGUUGUGCUAGGAACAAGCGGUUGUGGUAAAACUGCCUUUAUUAAACGUUUUCUUGGCAAGCCAUUUCCUAAACAUCACGAACCUACAUUAGAAGAUGUAUACGAUGGACACUAUACUUUGAAAUCAUUUCAUACUACAGUGUUACUUCGGAUAUAUGAUACAGACGGUUCAGAUAGAUUCCCAGCUAUGAGGAACCUGGCCAUUAACGAAGGGCAGGCGUUCGUUGUCAUGUAUAAACUGAACAGCAAAGAAUCGUUCAAGAAAGCCAAAAAAACAGUUGACGAAGUGAUACAAGCAAGAGGGAAUAGUGUGCCGAUAUACCUUGUUGGAAAUAAGUGUGACAAGCCAUCGUCAGAGCAAGUUGUCACGACUGAUGAGGCAAUCAAAGUAAGUCAAGAAAAGAAAUGUUGCUUUGUUGUCACCUCAGCGUUAAUGGGUAUAAAUACGGACAAAAUAUUCCGCGAGAUUGCUUCUCAAAUGGUCGAGAGAAGACUGAUGGGCUUAGACAAAAGACCAACGCAGCAAGCUUGAUACAGUGCACACAGCUAUGCUAUAAGUAUGACAGUUCGUGUUUGAGAUAAGGAUCUAUAUCCUGAACGCGUACGAAUUGCAAGUCAGAAUUCGUUACUCCCUUCCCUUACUAGACUACUAGUUCCUUCCUUACUUAGUUCCUGGAUCAUAAGAUCACAACCAUAUACCGGCAUUUCAACCUAGAUUGCGGUCCAUAUUGGGCGCUCCUCAUUCAAUAUGAAAUCUCGAUCAUUCAUACCUGAUUAUACUGGAAGCAUCUAAUUAAAAUUAAUGUACAUGCUAUAUCAUCGUUAAUGGGAUGAACAAUGAAUAUCACAGCCAUAUCCAGACCAGAACUUUCGUUGUUUGCUUAUCGAGUCACGUUUAGUUUGUUUGAACAAAAUAAAUAAGAUGUGAAAGACGUCCUAGUCCGUAAAGUUAAUCUGAUUAGGGAGCUUAAGCAAGCGACGUUUUUGUCAACACAGACGACAGAUUGCCGAAGGGAGGAGGAUCUUAAAAACUGUGUUUGGCAGUUAGUGGUGAUCUUCAACACAUAUAUGACAAAACAUAAGAUUUUUAAAGUAUUUUUCUUCCUCACACGAGCGCUAUGAUGCAAAAUGCCGUUAAAAUUAGUUAAACCAAUUUUCGGGUGAUGUCUGUGUUGACAAAAACAUCACUUGCUAUAGAGCUCAAUAAUGUCGAGUAAUGAGUAACGAGUAAUGGUAUAUUUAAUGGUUAAUAACAGUUCGUGACAUUGCGGAUAAUGUUUGUUACAAGCAAUCAUCAUUCGAACGCCAUUUGGGCCAUUUCUCGAUAUAUUCACGCCAUCGCGGGCCCCAAAUUCCCAACUAUAUAGGCUAAACUUGACCCUUGCACUGCAUGCUGAACCAGUUGUGGUUUUGCAUGAAGUUGCGGGCAUAUAUCGAGAAAGAGCUCAAUUUGGUAAAUUUAUUUAAUCAUCAGUUAACCAAGUCCAAGAGGCAAGAUGCCAAGAAUGUAAAAUAUUAUUUAAAUUCCAUAAUUUAGAUUUAAAUGUAAGUUAACUUUCACAAUUUAAAUUUAAAUGUAAAAUAAUACUUAACUUCCGAGGGCGAGCCCUUUCUUUGGGCUUUGGCUUUAUAUACAGGGCUGGACAGGAAAGUGGAAAUAAAAUCAAUAACUUUGAAGUUAACUAGGAAAUUGUAUGCAUUCUUAAAAACUCUACGUCAUUGUCUGAUAUUGUCACUGAUUUGUAAAUAUGUACAUAUUUGUAAAUUAUUAUUUAUUAGCUGAUAAUAUUUAUUUAUAAUAAACUAUUGAAAAUCA